AGGCAUGUACUGUGGGCGAAUGACUUCCACCCAGAGAUCUGAGAGCCAAAACAGGGUUUUGAAAGAUGGUUAUGUUAACAAUGUGACAAGCCUGCAUAUAUUUGCAAAGAGGGUGCUUGACUCGAUUCAGCACACAGACCACAUGGAUGCUGGGGAGUCACACUACUCACAGACUGAAGUUGUCAGAGCCUGCAAAUCAAGAUUUGAUGAGCAACUCAGCAGGGUGUACACCAGGGCUGUGUACAAUGAAUACAAGAGGGAAUAUAUUAACAGCACAGCUUUUGUGAUAGAGCCUGAUCCGGGAGUGGAAUGCGGUUACUUGGUGAAACAUGAGAAAGGUGAUGGGACAUUUUGCUGGGCACAACACGCAUUCAAGGUGGUGGCUGACAAAGCAGCAGGCGUGUAUAAAUGCGAAUGCAUGCAGUGGGAGCAUACAGGUCUGUUCUGCAUGCACAUAAUAAAGGCAUUCACCCACCUCCAAGUCCAAAACAUACCUGAAAAGUACAUUCUGAAGCGAUAUACACGUAAUGCAAGAUCUGUGGUUCCGUGGGACCGACACGAUGUGAGUGUUGGUGGUCAAAAUGAGACAGAGCAGUCAAGGUUGUCGAAGCUGCUGCCAAAGUUAAUGCGACUGGGAAGAGCGGGAAGCAAAUCUGAUAGAGCAUACACUGAAACUAUCAGGCACAUCGACAUGAUAACUCCUGGGAUUGAGCUUCUACGAACAGCGGAGAUUGGUCCGAUUGGUCCGGACGAAGCAACAAAUACUGAGUUGCAGCAAGAUGCAGAAGGACGGCGGAAUAUUGGUCCCAUUGCACCAACACAACAAAGUUCUGACAACAAUAUAGAACCUGUUGUGAUGCCAACUGGACCUACACCACCACCGGAAUCGGGCCUGAAUCCAGAUUCUGCAAACUGCCUCACUGAUCUAAGAUUGACUGAACCGCCAGUGUCGCGCACGAAGGGUAGGAAGUCUGCCAGUGGGGCUAAAUGUGCUAAAAAUAGUGUGGAACCUGCUAAUCCAUACAACACAUAUAGUGGUGGUCAGGGCAUAAGAGAGUGCCAAACCUGCCAUGUUAGGGGGCACUAUAGCACAACAUGCCCUCAGAACCCAAACAGAAGCAGAGCGGCCGAGAACAAGGACAAAAAGAGAAGUGCGAAAACUGUAGGUUGGACUCCAAGAAAAAGAGGUCGCCCAACAAUAAAAAAAGGACUAGAUGGGAAUCAAGAUGAGGUACAGAGUGAGGGGGAUGAUACACAGCAAUCUGGGUGCACUAUGGCGGUGCAGGAGUCAGCAGCACACGCGGUGAUUGCAAGAAUUAGGAGGGCGACAACUUGCCAUGUUAAUUACCAGGACGAAAGUGAUUAA